UCAGGAGAAAAAAAGGCAGUGUCACCUCUUUAUACAAAUUAUUUACAUUUGCAUUAGCACACAUUUUGGCUUGUCUGCUGCAAUUAUGGUGAGAGUCAGAUGAUCAACGUGCGCGUGAUGGUGUUAGUCUGACAUCCAGUCAAACCUUCGAAGGAAAUAACCUUGAUAAGGGAAAGCGGCUCUUCGUCUUUUCUGCUAAAUAUGGCGAGGAUGAAGAUGAAGAUGGCUGCUGUCUCUAAAAUAACUUUGCUUCUGCUCUGCAGCUCCAUCAUCACCUCCACAGAUUCAAAGGAUGAUUGCAACAAUUACGCCACAACAGGAGGGAACUUUACGGUGCUCCUUAACCACAAACUGACCGCCGCAGAAAAAUUGAGAUGGAAGCUAAACACUACUACAAUCUUUAAUCGUGGAGUAUCGAAGACAGGCAUGAGUAUUACCACAGGGAACGUGAAUGAUAUCCAUCCAAAUGGAUCCUUGAGGCUCACAAAUCUUAAGAAAAACCAGGGAGGGAUCUACUACCCGGAGGUUUUCACAGCUGAAGGAAAGGCAGUACAAAAUUUAAAGAGGACAAAUCUAUGUAUAUACGAUCCUGUCCCGACACCUCAUCUAACGGCUAAAUGUUACAAAUCCAAAGUCGAAUAUACCUGCACUGUUGGUUCGAAGCAAGAUGGUCUCAUUUUUGAAUGGCUUCAGAAUGACAAGCCGUUGGAAAAGAAAACCACUGACACUCUGUCACUAGACCUCAAACAGGCGCAAAAAGGUUCCGUCAAAUGCAAAGUCUCCAACAAAGCCAGCACUACUACGAUCAGUAAUGCUACUGAACAACCAUGCAAGACCGGUGGCUUUGUUUUCCCUGAAAAAAUAUUUGGACAUAGUGUCUGGAUUUUCGUGGGCGGUGGAGGAGGUAUUGUUCUGGUGCUGAUUAUCACCACCAUUGUUUGCUGUGUUUUGGCCAAGAAGAGAAAUAGGAUGCAACUGAAGGAUGAGGAGGAGCUCCGCUUGGGGUGGACCAAUACUCAGCAACCACACCAGCAUGAUCGUCAUCAGCAUAAUCAUCCACCCGAUCAUCCUCACCACCACCACCACCAUCAGCAGCAGCAGCCGGCCGGCCACACUGGUCCUCGCCAACACCGCACCAAACAGCAGCGUCCCAGAGCCCCCGAGCCCACCAACGGUCAACCUCAGCCCACCCCCAGGAGAGCUGCACAGACCCCCAGACCAGUCGUUAAUGAUGAUGACGAGCAGCCUCCUCCUCUUCCUCAGCCGAGGAAGAAAGCCCCCAAAACACCAAGAAUGUGACGUGAAGUGAGUCUUGCAGUUUAUAAAAACUUAAUCACUCCUCUUUUUAUCUGGGUUCACCGAGGUCCUCUAUUUUCUUCAUUUGCUUUCCCAAUUCACCUCUCCUCACGUCUCCUCCCUUUUUCUCUACUGGCGUUUCUGCUCCACUGAAGAAGAUCAAUUCAUCCACUCGCAGUGGAGGACGAGCUGAAUUAAAUCACAUCACUGGGUUUGGGUGUUAAACGUCAUGAUGUGAUCAGGAUGUGGUGAAAAUCAAUUUGAAAUUCACUCUUUUUAUCAAGUAAUUUAUAAUCUCUCAGGCAAAUUAAAAAAAUGCUUGUUAGCGCUGAACUCAAACUAUGAAUCUUCAUAAGCUUCAGUUUUAUGAUACAUGAUAACAUGAUGUUCAAACUUCGAAUGAUCCAAGGUGUUUUUUUGGUUUUAUAGUCCUCAUAAUCUUGUAUUUAUUUUCUAUUAACUAUUAAACUCUUUCUUUUUCCU